AAAUGACGUCUUUGAAAGACAAAGAGAUGAAAUUACCUAUCGUUAUCGUAGAUAAUGUCUACUUUCCAACCCAAAGGUUGAGAAUUAAAGCAGAUGACUCUAAUGCUCUCUUGAAGAACUACCAAGGCAAUAUCUUUGGAAUAGUUAGCAAAAAUAAAGGGUCCACCUACCUUAGUCAGAUGGGUGUCCUUGUGAGCAUAGUUAAAGAGGAAAGCUUUAUCGAAAGAUCUCCAUUUAUCAGAAAUUACACCGAUUUUGUUGUUGAAUGAACAAAGAGAAUCAAAAUUUCACAGGAUAUUAGAGAUUUAUCGCACUUUGACAGAUCAUCCCAAAUCAUCAUCGCUAAGGUGCAAGUGCUCGAUGAAAAUGUUGAAGAAGGAGAAAUUCAAGAGAUCAAAGAUGCCAAACUGGAUGAGACUCUACGAAGUAUCGCUACUAAGUACUGCACAAUCCCUAGGCUAGGAAUUGGAGUAUCUUCUGUGCUACAACAAAAGGCUAAAGCUAUCCAAGAAUGAGAGGAUAUCAUUAAACUUUCCUUCAGAUGUUGUGCUCUCCUGCUUAUGACGAGCAAUGACGAUAAAUACAAGCUUCUAGAAACCAAUUCUGUAAAGGAAAGAAUCGUAAACUGCAUCAAAUACAUCAAGAUUGAGAUAGAUAUAUCUGAAGAAAACAAUGAAAAGAGGAAAAAGAACGAAAUGAAGAACCAAAUGAAGCUUAAUGGAGUCGGUCUGAAAGAUCUCUUCUCAGGCUUCAAAGGCGGAGUCCAGUCCAUGUCUGGAGGUGGUGGUGAUAACAGAGAGGUAAUUGAAGAACUUAAGGCAAAAUUUGAUAAAUUAGAACUUCCAGAAGAAGCCAAGACUAUUGUUGAAAAAGAGCUGAAGAAUUUAGCUCGUAUGCAUCCUUCUCACCAUGAAUACAGCAAUAUCGAAAAAUACCUGGAGACAUUAGCUGAUCUACCUUGGAACAUCACUCAAGAGGAAAACUUAGAUCCUGAGAACGCCCAGACAAUUCUGGAUAAAGACCAUUAUGGACUAGAGAAGGUGAAACAAAGAAUUGUUGAGUUCCUCGCUGUAAGAAAGCUCAGAGAUGAUCAUAAAGGAACCAUUCUUUGCUUCAAUGGCCCUCCAGGAGUCGGAAAGACUUCUCUUGGUAAAUCCAUUGCUAAAGCUCUUGGAAGAAAAUUUUACCGGAUUGCUCUGGGAGGAAUCAAGGAUGAAAGUUUAAUCAGAGGGUUCAGAAGAACUUAUGUGGGUUCAACCCCUGGUGUCGUCAUUCAAUCUUUGAAGAAAGUCAACACCAACAACCCUGUGUUCUUACUUGAUGAAAUUGAUAAAAUAGGAAAAGAUUGGAAGGGAGAUACCAGUAGUGCAAUGCUUGAGGUUCUGGACCCUGAACAAAAUAAUAAGUUUACAGACCACUACCUAGCUACUCCAUUUGAUCUGUCCCAAGUGAUGUUUAUUGCAACUGCAAAUAGCUUGGACUCUGUUCAUCCAGCCUUGCUUGACAGAAUGGAGAUUAUUGAUAUCAGUGGAUAUUCAGUGAAAGAGAAAGUUCAGAUUUCUCUUAAUUAUCUCAUUCCGAAACAAAUCGAAGCUAAUGGAAUCAAUGACCAGAUCAUUGAUUUUUCAGAGCCGAUGGUCAAUAAGGUAGUGCAAGAAUACACAAUGGAGAGUGGGGUAAGAAAUCUAGAAAGAUGAAUGGGAAGUAUCUGUAGAUCAGUAGCCUAUGAAUACGCAAUUUCUAAAGAUAGGGAAUCCUUUAAAAAGGUUUAUGUGAAUGAAGAGCUAAUAAUUAAGGCUCUCGGACAUCCGAAGUUCAACUUCAUUCUUAAAAAGAAGAUUGAGAGACCUGGACUUGCAAUAGGACUUGCUUAUACUUCUGUUGGAGGAAAAGCCUUGCUUAUAGAAACGUCUAGAUUCCCUGGAAAUGGCCAACUAAAGUUAACAGGAAAAUUAGGUGAUGUCAUGAAAGAGAGCGUCACCACUGCUAUGAGUUGGAUCAAAACAAAUUCUCUAAAGCUUGGAAUCACUCAAGAGAAGAAUUACUCUAAGAAUUCUGGAAUUGACAUCUUAGAUGAGGAAGAUCUUGCAAAUGAGGGAGAAGCUAAAUCCACAUUGUUCUCUAAAUUUGACAUCCAUUGCCAUUUCCCUGCUGCUGCGAUACCCAAAGAUGGGCCAAGUGCAGGUGUCACCAUCACCACUGCUCUUGUAUCUUUAUUCACAAACAGAAGGGUCAAAGAUUCUAUUGCAAUGACUGGAGAGAUAUCUUUACAUGGAGAUGUACUCCCAGUCGGAGGUAUAAAAGAGAAAUGCAUUGCUGCCAUGCAAAAUGGAAUUAAACUAGUCCUCCUUCCAGAGGAAAAUAAACUAGAUGCUGAAGAAUUGCCUGAUGACGUCAAAGAAAACCUAAAAAUAAAGUUCUGCACAAGAGUUGAAGAGGUUUUAGAAAAUGCUCUCUCUGAUGACAUUGAUGAAGAGUUUAUCAAGAAUGCAUAUAAGCCAUUAUUUACGAGCAAGAUUUAAUAUUUUAGACUAAUUUCAACUCUA